UUUAGCAAAAAACGAAUCGGCCACACAAGUUUCAAAAUACCACGCUUGUUGUGCACAGUGUCUCUGAAGUGAAAACGACAGAGAUGGCGGAGCAAGCCGAGAGCAAAACCAUCUACAUGUCCCCAGAGCUGAUGCAGGCAAGUGGCAAUGGGCCCAGAGGAAGCCAAGAUAACCCCAUUCCUGCAGUGAAGCCACUAUCAUCCCAUCGACUCAACUCUUACGUGCAGUCACAUGACAGAGGUCUUCGUCGCUCCUUCGGUUCAACAGACCUUCUCCACAAUGCGCAUCCCAACUCUAACAUUGCACUUGGCAGCGAUUCCGCCGACAGCCUGGAGGGGGCAAUGCCGUUACACUCAGACAAGCUUCAGAGCAACACUGACAUCACCCCAAAGAGCCACGAGGGCAGCAAGAUCUCCAUUGAACUGGAGCGGCCUGCUGCAGGGGAGGGCAAGAGUAGCGACAAGAAACCCAAAGCGGGGGUCGUGUCGGCGGAGGAUGAGGAGGAGGAAGAGAAGUGGGUGGAUGCCUCGGAGAUUGGGGAGAGUACAGAGGAAGGCAGAGAGGAAGAGGAUAAAGAGGAAGCUAUGCCCUUGCCCUUCAUUGGUCAGGCUGGGAAGAAACACCAAUGUAUGGAUGACACUGCCGCUUCCGCCUAUGAGGACUCCAACUACCUGCAGGAUUUCCAUAGCCUGCCAAAGAGUCUGGUGUCCUCUGAGAUCACUCACUGCCUGUACAUGCUGGAGGAGGAAUGCAGGGGAGUAGAGAAAGAGAGCGAGAGCGUGAAAUGGAAGAUGGAAUUCAUUCACGGCAGCAUGCAGUGUGUGCAGGAGACCUUGCGGACUCUCCUCAUCCGAUUGGUCGAAGCCCAGAGCAGCAGCAGCCACCACGUGCGAGAUGCCAUGCCCGAUCCAUCCCCGCCCCCACUACUACCCCUCCACCAGUUCCACCCCCCCUACGCUGGCGCAGUGGACGCUGACCCCAACCACAGCGGGGCUCACUCCUCUGCCAAUGCCCAUCACCACCACCACCACCAUUCCCUCUGCAAGGCUCCACACCCGGUGGCCAGCAAGACCUGCCUGACGGACGGCCUCAACCCGGGCCAGUGCUGCCAGGGAGCCCUGCCCACUGACAUGCCCAGUUGUGCCCAGAGAGCCAAGGAGCGGACAGCGGCCUUCAGCGCCAUCACUGAGCUUAGGGCAGAUGUGGAGCGCCUCCGCAUGGCCCACCUGGAGGAGCGCAAGGAUCAGAAGGAAGUGCUGCGCGUGCUCAAGGACUUCCAGCGGCAGGUGGAGGACCUGAUCUCUGCCCAGCGGGGCAACAGGGAUGAGGAGGGCUGCAGCAGCGCCCAGCUCCUGCAGCUCAAGCAGGAGGUCCAGGACGUGGCCAAUAUGACACGCCAGGCAAUGGCAGCGCUCCAAAAACUAGGUAUACAACUGGAGAGCAUGGGAGCGGAGGCCAACUCAAAACAGGCUGAUAAAUGUGACAGCUAAAGGAUCAUCGCAAAAAAAAGUGUGUGUGUCUUUCUCUCCCAGUGACAAUCCUGUGACUCCGAAGACGAUGUCAAAGAACCUCAGUCGAGAACAAAAUCCACUCCCUGAGCAUGUACUUUUAAUAAACUGCUUUGUCUGUAAACAGGACAAGCUUACACUUGCUUAUAGAAGUUUGUACCAAACAUGGGUGGUGAGUGCCACAAUGCAAAGAAAGGUCAACUGUCCCUCCUCCAAAUAAUGUUCCUCUCUUGAGUGUAGUAAAAUGAAGCGGAAUGGCCCUCCUGCACACACACACACACACACACACACACACCCGCAGACAUACACACACACAAACCCGCUGA